GGACCCUCUUUUUUUUCCCCUACCCUUCCUAAUUCCAAGGGAAAGAGGACAAAGGUGCUUUCGGCAGACUCUCCAGCCCUCUUCAACCCCCACCUCACCGAUGCAUUAAGAAGCCUCAGGUGAGCAAUGGCAGGCGCUGGUGAGCGCAAAGGCAAGAAGGAUGACAAUGGCAUUGGCACGGCCAUUGAUUUUGUGCUCUCCAAUGCCCGGCUGGUGCUGGGGGUGGGUGGAGCGGCCAUGCUGGGCAUUGCCACGCUGGCAGUUAAGCGGAUGUACGAUCGGGCAAUCAGUGCCCCAACCAGCCCUACCCGCCUGAGCCAUUCAGGGAAAAGGAGCUGGGAAGAACCAAACUGGAUGGGCUCCCCCCGACUGCUGAACAGGGACAUGAAGACAGGUCUGAGCCGCUCCUUACAGACCCUUCCCACAGAACCCUCGGCCUUUGAGAUAGAUACUUUCUGCCCACCCCGGCCCAAGCCAUUGACCAGGAAGGGCCAGGUAGACUUGAAGAAGUCACGACUCCGCAUGUCCCUGCAGGAGAAACUUCUUUCUUACUACCGGACCCGGGCAGCCAUCCCUGCUGGAGAGCAGGCUCGGGCCAAGCAAGCUGCUGUGGACAUAUGUGCUGAGCUCCGGAGCUUCCUGCGGGCCAAGCUGCCUGACAUGCCACUUCGGGACAUGUACUUGAGUGGCAGCCUCUAUGAUGAUCUGCAGGUGGUGACAGCUGACCACAUCCAACUUAUCGUGCCCCUUGUGCUGGAGCAGAACCUGUGGUCGUGCAUCCCUGGAGAGGACACCAUCAUGAAUGUCCCUGGUUUCUUCCUGGUUCGUCGUGAAAAUCCAGAGUAUUUUCCUCGUGGUAGCAGUUACUGGGACCGCUGUGUUGUAGGGGGCUACCUCUCCCCAAAGACAGUGGCAGACACAUUUGAGAAGGUAGUGGCAGGCUCUAUCAAUUGGCCGGCCAUAGGGUCCCUCUUGGACUAUGUGAUCCGACCAGCACCACCCCCAGAGGCCCUGACACUAGAAGUGCAGUAUGCGGACAAACAUCUUGUCAUUGACUUCUUGCCAUCGGUUACCCUUGGUGACACUGUCUUGGUGGCCAGACCACACCGGCUAGCUCAGUAUGACAACCUGUGGCGGCUGAGUCUGCGUCCUGCGGAGACAGCACGCCUGCGGGCUUUGGACCAGGCUGACUCAGGCUGCCGAUCUCUGUGCCUCAAGAUCCUCAAGGCCAUAUGCAAGUCCACUCCAGCUCUGGGCCACCUCACUGCCAGCCAGCUAACCAAUGUCAUCCUUCACUUGGCCCAGGAGGAGGCUGACUGGUCUCCAAACAUGCUGGCUGACCGUUUUCUGCAGGCCCUGAGGGGACUCAUCAGUUACUUAGAGGUUGGAGUCCUGCCCAGUGCCCUGAACCCCAAGGUGAACUUGUUUGCAGAGCUCACCCCUGAAGAAAUAGACGAAUUGGGAUACACUCUCUACUGCUCAUUGUCUGAGCCAGAGGUGCUGCUGCAGACGUAGGGCAGGUGAAGGCCAAAGCGGGUGUCAGGUGGUCAGGCCGUCAGACCCCUGAGACUCCUUUAGAAACACUUGGCUACAUAGUUGGUGCCUCACAGGGUCCCCAGGUGCCUCCUGUUUUGCGGGUCAUCAUCCUGGUCACUUCAUAUUGGUUGAUUAGAAUGACAUUUCUUCUGUCUCCUAUUUUCUCACCCAACCCUUUGUUUUUGUUACCAAACACUGUGCUUCCUUAUUCCCUAACCCCCUUGCUGAUUUUUCUGGAAUGAAUGGAGAAGGUGGAGUGCUGGCCUGAGCUGCUAAGACCACUUGGUCUUUUGCAUUUUGGCCCAGUUUUCCUGUUUCUGUCUGCCCUGUCCCACCCAUUUGCAUCUUCUAUGAAGUGUCUUGUCUUUUUCCUCUCUCACUCACACCUUUUUGUUUUGCUCUUGUUCCUGAAACAUACCUGCCUAAUCGAAAUGUUGCCUUUUAGUUGAAUGUCACAGAAGAGUUAUGAUUGCCUGUUUGCAAGCUGAACUCUGCAGACUGAGCGCUUAGACAGUAUUUAGGGUUUUGGGGGUGGAGCCAGUGGAAGAGCCGGCUUUGACCCUGGUUCCUGGAAAAUAAGCCUAUCCCUCGCCCCAAGCUACUUAUAUUCAAAUGUACUGAGGAUAUCUCUCCUGGGGACACUACAUUUACCCAUGCAGGAGAAACUGGACGCAGAAUUAUACGAAGAUUGUGUUUCUUAGUGGCCAUCAGCGGGAGCACAGGGGUGGGGUCUGGAGCUGGCUCAGAGGGCUUGCAUCUCAUCUGUGGUCACCGGAGCCAGACAGACAAGGGGGCCUGGGUGCAGCAAGGGCAGGAGCUCCCAGGAUGCUGGGUUUCACCUCUUUUCUCCUGUAUUGCCAAUAGGAUAAGGCCUUGCAGGAACACAGCCUUAGUAUGGGCUGAGGGAGGAUAACAGACUGUCAGCUGGAAAAACCAGUCACCAAUUGGGGCUCAGUGACCGUGGUCCUCCUCUGAAAGGCCCGGCUUUUCUAGGAUGUUGCCUUAGAGCAAGGACAUGCCCAGGGCCAGCGCACCCUGCCCCCUCCCCCCAAGCAAAGGGAGAGGUGUUUGCUAAGCCCCUGCAUGCACCUCCAGAGGCUAAAGGAUGGGUGAACAUGCACAGCCCUCAUACCCCUUGUCCUGCUCUCACUUGCCUGCUACCUGUGGCAAUUGGUGCUACCUAGGGAGAGCACAAAGUUAAAAUAUACAGGGGAGGCAAGUGGGUGCAUCUCAUGCUCUGUCUUGUUUUCUGCUGCUAAAAUUGCACUAUUUAUGGCAAUGUGAACGUAUCCUGAGGGUGGGGAGGAGUGCUGAAUACACCAUGUCAGUGUGUCUUCUUUCGUUGAUCGUCAUUCAGGUUUUGCUCUGCCCAUCCAGUAUUUUGUUCUCCUCCCAUCAUGUCUUAUUUUAUCUACUCUUACUGCCUCUCCAUCAGUGAGAUUCUGGUGAAGCUCUGCAGCUGUCUCAUUCCUUCCUGAUGACAUGAAUGAAUGCUAAAUUUUAAGCCCUGACCGCAGCAACCACCUCAGUUUAGCAGAGGUAAAUAGAGGCUGUCCCCUUUUAGCCACAGAUCAGGAAGUUGAGAACUAGGGUGACCUUGACUAUAUUUAGUUUUUUUUGCCUCUUGUUUCUUCAGUUCGAAACAUCUGCGUGCUUAAGCACUAAGGGGGCUUGGUGUAGAAGAGGAGCUGACCUGAUACUGAGGGCUCUGAUGUCCCAUCUGGUGUCUCUUGGACCCCAAGGAGGCUUGAUAGAGUGCUGUAGAAACAGAUGAGUCUGUUGACAUAAGGGAUUUGAUGUCCUAGCCAUAAGUAUUACAAAACUUAAAAAUUUCCCAAGCUGUCAUCUCCGACCAAAUUCCGUAUAAAACCUUGGAAAGAACUCUAUAAACAGAAAAGAUUUUAAAAAGUUCUGGGUUAUCAAAGUCAGAUGUCACUGUGAAUUUAGGAGGGAAAUGAAUUUAACUCCUGUUUUAACAGCAGCUCUUUUGGUUGCUUCAUAAAACCAAAACCAUGGCUUUGCUAUCUUGUAAGGAAGAGCCUCUUACAAGACCUCAGAACUAGGAGAGGGUUUGCUGGUGGAGCAGGUUUUCCUCUGCUGCUAUUUACCUCAUCAAAGACAACAUUAUAUCCCCCUCCACCCCUUUUUAGUCUUUGGGGAAAGCUGCAGUGGCUGUCCCCCUGCCCCCACCUUCCUGUUCAGUAAUUGCCACUUUUGCCUGAAGGAGCAGUAACUGCUCCUACUUAUCUGGAGGUAUUUUUGACACCACUUAGAUUAGCAAACCACACAUUUAGCUUGAUGCUUAAAAGUGCACUCAUCAUUAUCUUGAACACCUAAUAAAUUCCAGGUUUAUUUUGAUAAAGGAAUUCUUCCUUAUUGCCCCUUCCUAAAAAGUGAGUUCAGGAUAGCAGUAUCUUACUUCCUAUGCUUGGUUGUGACUUUUUAAAAACAAAGGAAAGAUUUUGAAGUUCACAUUCGGAAAAGCUGUGUUGAAGUCUACUAUCUCCAGGUCUUGGCCCUGGCUGUCUUACCUGUUGACACACAGGUGAGCUUAUUUUGCUCCCUUGGUCUUCACCCUAGAGCUCAGAUAGUUCGGAUGAGGAGUCAGCUUCAGGAUCAAGGGUGCUGAGAGGCCCUGAGGGGGUCCUGCAAGUAGGACUUCCCUGCAUGUGUUCACAGUCCACUGCCACAGUACAUCUUCCUUGGGAUUAUGUUUUGGCUGAGAACUUCUGCUCUUAGAGGAUUUGUUAGAACUCUGGUCUUUUGUCUGAAGGUCAAGGCCAAGGAAAAUGGUAAGAGACACUUAGAACAAAGCUGACCCCUGCACCAGGCUGGGUGCUUUUUUAUAUUGACUGUAAUGGUCCAAAUACCAGAAACAUGGGUUCUG